AUGUAUACAUGCAUCGAGAUAUCUCAAACAUCGUACCAAAUGAAACAUGAGGCGGCCUGGUGCAACACAUUCAGUUGCCUGAAAACAUCACAAGCAAGAGAUUCUGCUGGACUCCAGCGCCUAGCUGCCAUGCCACCCGAAGGAAACACGAGGGUUGAGAAACUGUCGGGUUGCCCAAGCCUAGACAGGGGAAGUCGAGGGGCAGAGGUCGGGUUCGAACCACGGACCUUCCGGUCAGUAAAUUCGCGCUCUAACCACUUGAGCCAUCUCGCCGUAUCGAUGCUUCACUGUCGUAUCACAACAGGUGCUACGCCGUCCAAAGAGACCAAUCCCGUACGGUUCCCUACCAUUGGUGGGUACCAAACUUUGACGGCUGGAACAAAAAGGCAUUCUGUCCCCUGUAUCCUACUCCGCCUUGGCAGCGCCGAUCGUCGCUUGGGAAGUUCUUCGCCAAAAUCGACCUUGCUGAAGAGUGUCUUCAAGUUGAAGUCACACCAGAAUCACACUCACUGUAGACAAUCAACACACCGCGAUCUGCAUCAAUACACCCGUCUCCCGUUUGGCGUCAAAACAUCCCCAGAAACUUUCCAGCAGUUGAUGGACACCAUCCUUUCUGGCAUUUCAGGUGGUCGCGACGACGUACUGAUAAUUGCUGUCUCACUCGAAAAGCUUCUUGAUAGGAUCAGUGCCGUCUUCCUGCGCAUUCAUGACGAUGGCCUCCGCCUAUGUCCUGAGAAAUCUCGAUUCGUCUUGACAACAGUGAAGUAUCUGGGUUUCAUCUCCGACGCCUCUGGUCGUCAUCCUGACCCGAAGAACUUUCGAGCUAUACAACAGAUGCCACCUCCUAAGGAUGUCCCAUCAUUACAUUCCUUUUUUGGGUUAACCAUCUAUAAUUUCGCAUUCUUUCCUUCGCUACACAAAUUCGACCCCCAAUAA